AUGACAGAGGAAGUCAGCCUAGAUGCUAUAUUAGCAUCUGAAGAGCUUUCGGCGGACGUUUCCAAUGUUGUCAUGCACAAAUCCUUUCGUCAAUACUUGAUGAGCGCGAAUCCAAGUUUAAUGCUUUAUAUUACGAAAAAAUUUGACAGGAUAUGUGAAAUUAUUUUCGAUGAACGGCAUAAAGAUACGCAUGAGAUACGUCCCUACUUAGCUAUUUUAGAGUGUAGCGUCAUUGCAGUUAAAAGAACAUUAAUCACGUCAACAAAGUAUGUAAAUUACAUUUUGGAAUAUCCACGCAUGAUCAAAGUUUACAAACUCCCGUCGAUAUAUAUCUUUUUUAACUCUUUGCCAUAUUUUAUACUCGAUACAUCGAAUGAAUUGUUGCCUUUUUUUGCUAGUGGAGAAUUUUUCGAAUCAAUCGUUCAGAAUUGCGAUAUACAAGAAGCUUUCACAUUUAUGAAAGGCUGUUUAAACUCUAAAGCGAAAUCAUUCAGAAAUUUCUUUCAUCAAAUCAAUCUUCCAGCACUUCUGAUAAUGUACGUGAAUGGAAGUUCCGGUAUGAAUCUAAACGUCAUUAAGCUUUUCGAGCAAAUCGUUGAUGAUUACUCAAGACAGUGUGCAAUCGCUGUUGUAAACUCCAACAUCAUAUCAAAGCUCAUUGAAUCAGCAUUUCUACUCAAUUGCAGCCAAUUAAUCGACUUUUUAAACUUUUUAUACAUACAAUCUUACAAAAAUAAAACAAUUCCUGAAUGGUUCACGAUUGAGUUCCUCGUUGAUGAUAGGAUACCUGAAGUUUGUGAUUAUCUGAUGGGAACUACCACAUUUGAUUCGAUGUGCAAGGCUUCUGCGAAUAUUAUCAUUACAUAUCUUUCAGAAAGGCACCAACAAUUCCCAAAGGUCAUAAGUGUUACAGAAAAAUUCAUAAAAGACAUAUUUAAAAACCCAACAAACUCGUUUUUGCAUAAUACAGCAUUAAAAUUCCUUGAAUCCGUCAAACGGUUUCCGGAUUCAUUUACAAAUGUCAUAAAAAACACAAAUAUUUGCCAAUUGAUCGUUGACGCUUACAAAAGAAGAAAUACAGAUGUAACUUGCUGUUACUGGGGAGUUUUACGAAAAAUCUCGGAGAUGAUUAAUGAGCCAAUAGGUGUCUCUCUGUCUGAAUGGAAAUCUGUUGUUGAUUCCAAUAAAAAAAUUGAAAAAAUUAUAUCGACCCCAAGCAAGUAUAAAAUUACCGAAAAGUCAAGCGACUAUAUCAGGAAUAGUGCGAAGGUUCAAAAAAGAAGUAAAUUCAACCUUCGUCUUCCUAAUUCUUCCGAAAUAUUUGCUGUUGUUGUUAUAUUGCUAGCAUACUUAUUAUAUUAUAUUAAUAAUAAGGAAAAAUAA